AUGGCAAAGUGUACAGAAGCAAAGACGCACCCAAUCAUCAAGAUCGAAGCAGAUUCUUUGUUUACAGAGGCAGAACUAAUUCGGAAGACAGCGGGGGAGGAAGACGAGCAGGUUACAGAAGGCAUCCAUGCGCGUGAGAUCUUCGAUCUGAUUCACUCCAUCAAUGACCCGGAGCAUCCACUGACUCUAGAAGAAUUGAAUGUAGUAGAGCAAGUCCGGGUUCAGGUGAGACCUGAGAGCACAGCGGCCGUGGCCUUCACACCCACCGCUCCUCACUGCAGCGUGGCUACCCUCCUUGGCCUGUCCAUCAAAGUCAAGCUUCUGCGAUCUCUUCCACAGCGUUUCGAGAUGGUCGUGCACAUUACACCGGGGACCCAUGCCUCAGAACAUGCAGUGAACAAGCAACUUGCAGACAAGGAGCGGGUGGCAGCUGCCCUGGACAACACCCAUCUGCUGGAGGUUGUGAACCAGUGCCUGUCCGCUCGCUCCUGA